AGAGCUGGGCCCCCUCUGGUCCGCCUUUGGCCCUCAGCCUCUGGCUUUCCGCCUUUGGCCACCCGCCCAGGAAAAGAAUCCAGCCUCUGUGCCCAGCAGUGCUCGCCAGCCCAAGGCCAAGGAGCUGUUUGUUUUCUUAACAGGGUUAACCAAACCUCCUGAACAGCUGCACAUCCUGGCAGAAGCAGUGCCAGUGAAGGGGGCUUUGUGUUUACUGGCAGCAGAGGGUGAAGGCCCAAGCCAGGGCAGGAACCAAGGUCCAGCCCACCUAUACACCAUUCCAUCACCAGCCACCACCCCCAGUGGGGGAUAUGUCAGAAAGGCACCUCUGCCCCAGCCCUUCUUUUCCUCUGGGCCUUGAUCUUCGUCUCCAGGCUCCAAGUCUGCAUAGUAGGGUGAGAGUGGCCCCGCUUGCUGGUGGGGCUGUUGUGGGAGUCAAGAGACCUGUGUCUACAAUGUGGUCCCCAACAAGGAGCAUCGGCAUCACCAGUGAACUUGUGAAAAUGCACAUUAUGAGGCUCCACAUUUGGCCUACACAUUCAGAAAAUGGGUCAGGAUCCUCUAAUAUGAGAUUUAACAGGCCACAUUGAUGAUGAUGCUUGCUGAACUUCGAGAACCAUUGCUCUAUAAUCCGACCUGGAAAUACCCUGACCAAGAAUAUGUGACCAACCAGUACUUUUAACCAACUUUCACCCAGAAACUUAGACAUUAAAUUCUCAUGGUAAAGAGUGAUGGAGAAAAGACAAGAAUUUAUAUAGUAAAACAGCUCAUUAUAAAAAUGGAAGUCACUUGGAAGAGUCUGGAACUUAGCUCAGUGUUAGUAUACUGAACUGGCCAAUUAUUAGAGUGUAUGGAAAAUAAACUUUUCCUUCAACUGUAAUAACUGCUUUAGAAUUUCCAUCAUGUCAUGUGUUCCUCCUUUCAGGAAUGUAUUCUCCAUAACUUGUUCUAUCUCCCCGAAGACAUCUUAAAUGUCUCCAGGUCAAGGAUCUGGUUUUUCUUCACUGAUCUUCAUUUGCGCACCAUGGAAUGCUGUGGAAUUUUACAAGUCAGUUGCAUCAAAUCUCCCUCUAUAACUGGUGAUGAAAAUCUAUUGAUUUGAGGCUCCUCAGGAACACCAGAAAAUUAAGCAAAUAAAUAAGGUGGACAACAAUCUGCAUGCACACACAGAUCUAACUCUGUGGAAAGAGCAUUCUUAUUGUUAUCCCCCCUGCCCACCUUCCUCUAACCCUUUGGCAUCCUCUGCUCCCCUCCUGCCUUUCUCCCAGGCCUUCCUUCCUCUCCCUAGCCUUUUCUCACAUCCCCUUCCCUCGUUUAUUCAUAUAGUCUUUCAGUCAACAAAUGGUUUUUGAGUGUCUACUACAUGCUUAUCACCAUGGUGGCAAACACUGAGAAAGCAGACUAGGUCCCUGGCCUGAUGGUGCUCAGAGUCUGGGGCAGAGUCAGAGGAACCAGGGAGACACACAAUAAAACAGUAGCUACAUAUUGGAAUAAGUGCAUUAGACAGGUGAUAGGGUAGUCAGAGAGGAAGGCCUCUUUGAGGAGAUGAGUUUUAGUCUAAGAACUGGAAGUUUAGGCUAAGCCCACCAGGUGAAGAGUUAGGGAAAAGUGUUCCAGGGAGAGGAAUCAGUAUAUACAAAGUCCCCGAGGCAGGAAAGAAAUCAUUAGAUUUGAAGAACUGGAAGAAGGUCACUAUGGCUGGAGCUUGGUGCACAAAGAGGGGAGAACAGAUGAGAUGAGAAAUGGAGGCUGGGCUGGGCCAUUUAGAGCUCUGUAGAGUUGUAGGGAGGGUAGGUUUUGUUCUAAGUGCAUUGGGAAGCCUUUGGAAGGUUUUCAACAGAUGCCUCAAUGACAGUCUGUGCUGUUAGGUAGAGGAUGGACUUUGUAUGAUGGAGGGAGGCAUGGAAAAACAUGUAUUUGGAGACUAGAAGUUUUCCGGGUGGUAGGAAUAGAGACAGAAGGCAGACAGUUGUUAGGAUGGAUAACCAAGUUUAGAGGUCUAGGUAUCCCCAAGAGAGGACUCCCUGGGCAGUAGGACAAACUGAGCAGGGUCCCUGAGUGACUGGGUCCCUAGACUGUAAGGGAGAAAAUGAAACUCCAGCACUUCUCUUGAUGAUGGGUUGUUUCCCUUCCAAGGAGUUUCGGAUUCCUGAUUCUAGGACCCUUGUGAGGAUGGAAGAAAGUAUGGGACACAGUAUUAGUGAGACCUGCUUUUCACCUCGGGGUCAUCCUCUCAACCUCUCAAGGGCAGAGCUGGGAAUGGAGAAUUCCUGCUCUAGCUCAGAAGCACCUCUGCACUAGUAGUGAAUAGAGUGAGUCAGUGGUUCUCCAACCUCACCUCCUAAGAUAGAUAGGUACUCUGCUUCCUCUUUUUCACCACAAGGCCUCCCACUAGGUGUUAUCUCUUGGACACAGGGCCUCCCCUCCGUCCACCACCUGGCCUUUGUGGAGAAAGUCAGUGGAGUGGACUCCACUGAAUGGACAACUCCCUUAUGGCUGAGGGGUGGAGGGCAGAGAGGUGGGAGUGGAGCCCUUUCUAGCACAGGGGGUGAGUUAUGGAUUAAAUCCUGCUACAUACCCAGGAAGACCCUGCUCAGAGGAGUGGGCAAGAACAGCCUAGUGCCACCUUUCACAGUCCCUCUUCCUCUAUCCAUUGUCCUGUACACUAACACCACCAACUUAUACUUCCAGGACAAGACCCCAACCUGCCAUUUUCUCAAUACCUACUCUGCUGAGGGCUUAACAGGGAUCAUCUCAUUCAAUUUUCAUACACUCUCCUGAGGGAGGCAUAUUAUCCCUAGUUUGCAGAAGAGCACAGGUGUACACAGUUUGGGAAAUCCAAGCUGUCUGACCCGCAAAGCAGAGCCUAGGUUUCUAACUUGCUUCUCUGGCAAACGGCCUGAAGCUGGUUUAGGGUCGAAAGAUGAAUGAAUGGAUUUAAAGAAUGAAUAAAUAAAGGUGCUAUGGAUGCUGGGGGAGGGGGAACAUCAAAACCAGAUGGGGUCCAAGCCUUACGCAGACGUGGCCACACUCCCAGAGUCCAGGUUGAAGGCAGAGGGAAGGGGAUGGGGGCCAGGCUGUUUCCGGGGAAGGGUGUGAAGAACGCAAGGAACGUUCCUGGUUGGUCCCCAAGGUAGGAGCCGAGGUCUGGGUCUCGCCUCUCUCAGUGCCUAGCGCUUACAGCCUCUCAACAAAGAACAGGUGAAUUUUGGGCUCGCUUGCAUUCCUGACAGUCACUGGGCGCUCAGUGAGCGUUGACAAAUAGAUGCUUCUCCACCGAAGGGUGCCCCCGGCGCACUGCCGCCUCACCAGGUUCCAGAAGCAGGCUCGGCUCCCGGCACUCCGCGCUGCCUAAUCUGCCCCUCGCAGGACUCGGAGGAGCCGGGGAACGCCCGGGGCGGGGCCAUGUGGGGGCGGGGCCUGCGGGGCCAGCCCCUUCGGGGUCUCUUCGCUUUGCAGAAAGACUUCGGGCUUCGAGCUUCGCGCGAGGAGGAGCGGGGACCGUGGCGCGGAUGCUGGAAGUUCACAUCCCAUCAGUGGGGCCCGAGGCCGAAGCGCCCAGGCAGAGCCCAGAGAAAGGCCACAUGGUGUUCCGAGUGGAGGUGCGGUGCCGCGGGCGCAGACACACAGUGCCGAGGCGCUACAGCGAGUUCCAAGCGCUGCACAAGCGGAUCAAGAAACUGUACAAAGUUCCCGACUUCCCCUCGAAACGCCUGCCCAACUGGAGGACCAGAGGAUUGGAGCAGCGGCGACAGGGCUUGGAGGCCUAUAUCCAGGGCAUCCUGUACCUGAACCAGGAUGUGCCCAAGGAGCUACUGGAAUUUCUGAGUCUUCGGCUCUUCCCCACAGACCCGAAGACCAGUUGGGGGGCACAGCUGCAACACAGGCCUGCAUUCAGCUUCUGCAUGGAUCCCUACAUUUGCAUCCCAUCCCCAGAGCCUCUGCCCAACAUGGUGGUGAAUGGUGUGCUCCAGGGCUUCUACGGCUUCAGCACCAGCACAGCUGACACCCAGCCAGAGGCUCCCUGUCACUCUGCACCUCUGCCAUUGACGCCCUCCCCAUCCCAGAGGCCUCUGGACCACAUGUCAGGACAGUCAUUUGCCUCAGUCCUGUGAGCCCCAUCAAAGGACAUGGGCUGGGUACCCCUUGGACAGAGGACUUACCCACCCCAGGUUCUGAAAUCAGCUGCACUGGUAGCUGGGGUGACAGAACUCCUGCACCCUUAGAGCCUUGGGGCCAGAGGACCAACAGAGGAUAAGGAUAAAGGGAAAAGUUAAUUUACGAGGUAGCUAUGAAAAGGAACAGGUGUGUUUCUUCACUAACACCAGGAAAGGGGCAAGCAAAAGUUGAGGCACAGUAACUGGCAGUUGAGAAGCAAGGAGCAAAAGCUCCUGCUGGACGAUUGGUGGGUAACAUUUGGGGAAAGGAUGCUGGCUGGAGCACAAGGAGUAGGGGACAGGCAUCCACUGACAUAGGAAUCCCAGACAGCCUGGGACACAGGACUGGAGAAAAGUGCUGCAGGCUCAAGAACCCAGCACACACAGGUUAUAAAAAAAACCCACCUUUUUUAUUGGUCAGCAGUUGGUAGGAGUUUGUUAUAAAACUGGGCCUGUGGACCUGUGGAAUGUGAGGGGAGGGGUUCCACUCCGUCAGAUGCCAGCACUAGGGCCCGUGCAGCAGAGCCCUGUGGCGGGCUGUCUUCACCCCUCAAGAGGGCAACAGGGCUGCAGACA